AUGAUUAAUCGAUAAACCUUAUUUUAAGAAUGCUAUCUUUUAUUUCCUAAAUGUAUAUAUUAAUUUGUAAUAUCAUUUAGAAGAGGAUAUAUGUUAUGUUGUAGACAAAAUAAAGGUAAGGAAAAUAUUUGAAGGAUAAGUUGAGUUUGAUCAACAAGAGAUGGAAAUCUUAAAAUAAUUCGAAGCAUACUUAAUAUCAAAACGCUUUAUGCCUAAGUUCUCACUCAAUUAAUUUUAGGUGGACUGAACCUUAAUUACUGAGGAUGUUAUAUGCUACUAAAUUUAAGUUUGAAAAGACUUAUGCAGCAAUCUAAGCCUAUAUUUAAUGGAGGAAUCAAGCCUUCCCACUUAAAGAGAAUUAGGAAACAACCAAAUUCUUAGUAAAGAAUAGCGAGAUAUUUUUAGUCAAGUGGUUCAAUUUAUCUUCAUGGAAGAGAUAAUAGAUUUAGACCAAUAAUUAUGGUUAAUGCUAUUAAAUUGGCAGCAUAAAAAAAUAUAGAUAUCACAUUAGAUUCAAUGACAAUAUUUUUAGAAUAUGUGUUAGCAAAUUAUAUGUUACCUGGAUAAAUAGAGAAUUGGUAAUAUAUAAAUUCAGAUAAUUUAUAGGGUUGUUGUUAUGGAUUUAGGUGGUUUGGGAAUUACAAGUUUGCCAAGACAAUAAUUGUAAAGAGUUUUAGAUUAUCUACAAAAUAAUUAUCGAUCUAGAAUGCAUAAAUGUUAUGUAAUUAAUUGUCCUAGUACAAUCACAUUUUCUUGGAAUAUAGUUAAAGGAUUUUUAGAGGAAAUAACUGUUAGAAAAAUAUCGUUUGAAAAAUCUUCUAUUCCAACUGGAUUAUUUGAUCAUUGCCAUAAAUCAUAAGUUGAAUAAAAAUAUGGUGGAGUUUCUUAUAAUAUUGAAAGCAAUUUUUGGUAAAUAAAUAAGUAUAUUUUUUAAAGGCCUCCUAAUGAGAUUAGUUAAUAAUAUUUUUUACCAACAGAUAAUAUCACAGAUAUACUUAUUUCGAAAGAAUAAUAUAAUCAAUUAUAUGAAUUCGGAAAACUUUAAAAAAAUCGUCUUUGUAAGGAACUACUUGAAGGCAAACAAUAAUCCAUCUAACAUACUAAUACUGAUUAACAUUCAGAUAAAAAAAUGAAAGAUGAUGUACCUGAUCCAGAAGAAGAACAAUAAGUUAUUAAUGAUCUCAUUCAAAAUAAUUAAGGAUUUUACUAAACAAGAAUUGAUGAGACAUUUGAUAUCCCACUAUGUGAAACCACAAUUCAAUUACCAUUAAAUUUUAUUCCUCAUAAAAAAAUGUUUAAAUAUUGA